CUUUGUGCGCUGAGUUUUCGGAGCGCGCGCGGCGGCGGAGUGACUCUGAGGCUUGUGCGCUGACGCGGCUCCUCACGCUGACGGGUUUAUGAAGAGGACACCGUCGUCCUGAGACAAGAACCUUCUGUUUAGCUGGAACGACUUAGACAGACACCAUUGUCCGGCCAUAGAACAGACAAACCAUGUCUGGAUAUUGGUUGACCUCAUUUCUGUUACUGUCCACAACCUGUGAGCUCUUCAUAGUGGCUCUUGCAGUGGAGAAUGACACACAAGAGAAGUCUAAGAAUGACGGUCACAAAAUGGACAUCAGCCAAAGCAAGAUUGUAAUGGCACAGUUUGAAUGCUACCAGAAGAUUGCAAAAGACCACUCUGAUCACAGUCAAGCAGCCACAGGGGUGCUGUCGUGUAACCGUACGUGGGAUGGGUGGCUGUGCUGGGAUUACGUAGAGACUGGAGUCACCGCUACUCAACACUGCCCAGACUACUACCAUGACUUUGACACAACAGCAAUGGCUACGAAGAUCUGCACAAUGGAUGGCCACUGGUUCGUCCACCCUGAGAGCAACAGAACAUGGACCAAUUACACAAGCUGUUCAACAGAGCUCAACACCGAACACGGCAAGACGGCGCUGAACCUCUACUAUUUGAUCCUCAUUGGUCAUGGAUUAUCUCUGAUAUUUUUGUCUGCUUCUCUGGCAAUAUUCUUCCAUUUCAAGAGCUUAAGUUGCCAGAGGAUUACACUCCACAAGAACCUUUUCUCCUCUUUCAUCUUGUACUCUAUUGUAACCAUCAUUUGGUUCACCGCUGUUGUCAACAAUGACAAGUUAAUAGAAACAAACCCAGUGAGCUGUAAGGUGGCCUCAUUCAUCCAUCUCUAUAUUCAGGGCUGUAUGUACUUCUGGAUGCUGUGUGAGGGGAUCUACCUACACACGCUCAUUGUGGUGGCUGUGUUUGCUGAGAAGCAGCACCUGAUGUGGUACUACCUGCUGGGCUGGGGAUUUCCUCUCAUUCCGACUUUGAUACAUGCCGCAGCCAGAAGUUAUUACUACAACGACAAUUGUUGGAUCAGUUCAGACACGUCUCUGCUUUAUAUUAUCCAUGGGCCCAUUUGUGCUGCUCUACUGGUGAAUCUGUUCUUCCUCCUGAACAUCGUCAGAGUAUUAAUAACCAAGCUGAAGGUGACCCACCAGGCGGAGUCCAGCCUCUACAUGAAGGCUAUGAGGGCCACCCUGAUCCUGGUGCCUCUCCUGGGCAUCCAGUUCGUCCUAUUGUCCUACAAACCAGAAGGACGAUUCUCCUUUGAAAUCUACUCGUAUGUGAUGCAAAUCCUGUUGCAUUACCAGGGUCUCCUGGUGGCAACAAUCUUCUGCUUCUUCAAUGGGGAGGUCCAAGGUGUGUUACGGCGGCAUUGGAACCAGUACCGCAUGCAGUUUGGCGGCACCUUCUCCAACCAGGAAGCCCUGCGCUCUGCAUCCUACACCACCUCCUCCAUGACAGAGGUGCACCGUUGCUACAGCAUCGACGGACACAUGGAGACACUGAACGGCAAGAGCUUCCACACCAUGGAGGCCACCAUCCUUCGAUCAGAUAACCUGUACAUGUGAAAAGGCCACUGAUGUGAGCAUUUAACUCAGAGGACCUGACUACAAGACUUAAAGUUCAUUGGGAUCUAUUUUGACUGAUCCUUUCAUCACCAAGAAAAGGCCAUUGAAAAAGCCUUUUAAACAGCAACACUGUCCUUGAUUUCUUAAGGAGGACAGGAUUCUUAUUGUGGACUAGGAAAUCAUGCGGAGUACAGAGGAUAGCUAGCACUGCAUCCUUCAAACAGUUAACUCUGAAAGCACCAUCCAUUGGUUGUAUUUUCCAGCCUUAAACAGGACAGUAUUUGGGAUUAGCAACCAGCAAGAGUCUUUACAAGAAUUAAUGUGGAUUAAUGUGGAUCGCUCUGGCAUUGAAAAGAAAGUUCUAAGAGAUUCUGAAAAACAAACUGUACUGAGGGUGUGCUGAUUGUGAAACCCCAUCUGUUCUUUGUUGUUUCCACACGUGUUGGUUUGAAAUGCAGUGUUUCUGAAAAGUGGACUUUAUAAUCUAAAUUGAGACAAAGGCAAACCACAGCAAGGAAAAAAAUGUAUUUAUGGAAUGUCCCGAUGCAAAGCUGAUAUGUCUUAAGCUCUGUACGCUAGGCGCAGGGAAAACCCACUGUAUCCGAACGGUAAUGAAAAGGAAUGUCCAAGGCUCAAAUUCAAAAGAAUUCCAAGCGUUAUUGAAUAACUGCGUAGUGUACACCACAUGGAGUUGUGUCUUUAGCAAUGACUAGAGUCUUGAAAAUGGGUAAUACUUACAACAUAGAAACCAAAUAUUCAUUAUUUCCUGAGGUUUGUUGGACCGUCAUAGACCAAAAAUGACUCCACCAGAGUUGGACAUUCCGCGUAAUCUUGUCCUCAAUACAAUUCCGAGUCUGGCUGUACCCUAAAGGGAACAGUUAGUUCUCUCACUUCUCUGAUUUUUACAGUCAGCAUACACGAGUUUACAGUAAAGUCUGUAGAAGACAGGUUCUAAAUGGAGAUCUCAUUCAGUGUGUCCUUAUGUCUGGAACAUACAGACGCUUUUGAUGGUUUCUCAUGUUUCUCUUUUAGGGCAUUUCAGUCUAAUGUUCAUAUGCUGGAAAGGAAACUACUCACACUUGGAAAAUGUAAAUAUAUUUCUCGUUCUAGGUGUGUAAUGGAUGUCGGAUGUCUGUAUGAGUACAACGUUUGUAUAUUUAUAAAGGCAUAAUAUGCUUACGGUCAAUAUUUGUCAACAUAUUUUAUGUGUAGGCACUAUUAAUAGGAAAGGAAUCAUAAUACAUUUUGAUCAGCUGGUUUACUCUUUACUGAUGUCAGAAAGUGCAGGUCGUGGUGGGAUAGUGCAUUGAAAUUUUCUCCUCGCUCAUGUUCAGUUGCAUGCUGAAAACAUUGUGGCAAUGUUGCCGUUUCUUUUGUGCGAAAUUGUACUUUGGUAUAACCUUUUAAGUUAUUGUACUUAAAGACAAAUAUAUCACCAGGUCUUGAACAA